CUGAUCGGUUGAUAAGGAUCAAUGUUAUUAUUAUUGUUCUAUGAAAAAUGGAGCAAUUUCUGAAAGGACUUCCCAAAGUUGAGCUUCACGCUCAUCUUAAUGGCUCUCUGGGAAUCGAUAGCUUGCGCGAUCUUGCCGAGCGGUUGAAUGCGUUCGCCUCAGAUAAGUUUUUGGAGCUGUGCUUCAUUCGCAGUGAAAAGGAUUUGGAUGCCUGUUUCGAGACGUUUACCUUUGUGCACCAGUUGACAUCUUCUCCGGAUGGCUUGCGCUAUGCUACGGAAUUGGCGGUGAGGGACUUUGCCCACGACAACGUGCAGUAUGUGGAACUGAGGACUACUCCGAAAGCAACUGUUAACUAUUCACGCGGGGAAUACCUGGAGAUCGUAAUCGAUGCGAUCAUUGGGGCAAGGAAAAAGUAUCCGGAUAUCAUGGUUAAGCUACUGCCCUCCAUCAAUAGGGCGGAACCAGUGGACGUGGCUGAGGAAACCGUUUCCUUGGCUUUGCAGUUGGCCCAAACGCAUCCGGAUCUAAUACUAGGAAUCGAUCUCAGUGGGAAUCCAGCCAAGGGGCGGUUCUCCGACUUUGCUCCUACUCUUGCCAAAGCCCGUGAAAUGGGUCUUAAGCUAGUAAUUCACUGUGCGGAAAUCGACAAUCCUUCAGAGGUGAAGCAAAUGCUGGAGUUCGGGAUGUCGCGCUGCGGACAUGGAAGUUUUUUGACCAUGGAGGAAAUUAAGCAGCUUAAAGAACGGAAUGUACCCAUUGAAUGCUGCCUUACGAGCAAUAUCAAAUCGGGAACAGUGUCCAGUUUGAAGGAGCAUCACUUGAAGAGGAUCAUUGAAGCGGGUGCACCCAAGGUCAUUUGCACAGACGACAGCGGUGUCUUUGACACCUCGUUGACUCGUGAGCUUCUGCUGGCAACGGAAACAUUUGGAUUAACCCGUGAGGAUUGCAUUGCCCUGACUUUGGAGGCUGUACAUCACUCAUUCGCGAGCGACCAGGAGCAAAAGAAAAUGGUGGAAUCGGUGGUAAACUACGCGGCCAGCUUGCCAAAAUAGGGCUUUCAUAUUUCUGUAUUCAAUCCAUUCUGACAGUAGAUAUUAAAACGUAAACACCCAAAUUUAAACUGUUUUUUGCUAAAAUAUUUUGUUGUACUCAAGUUCUCUAGAAAUUUUAAGACGUAGUUUAACCAAUAUUGUAAAUGGAAUGUAAAUAAUGGAAUAAAUUUAAUAUUGAGCCCGUAG